ACAUGGCUACUAUCCGCUCCACUACUCUUCUCAACCUCCUCUUAAUCUCAUCUUUCUUUCUCAUACUCCUUCUCGGCCCAGCCUGCAAGGCUGACAACAUCUUGUAUCCUGGUAGAACUCUCGUUACUAACACCUAUCUGGAAUAUGGGAGCUAUAAAUUUAUAAUGCAACAAGAUUGCAACCUGGUCUUAUAUGAUGAGGGAAUCCCCUAUUGGCAUUCCAACACCGCGGGCAGGGGAAUCAAUUUUUGCCAUUGCACCAUGCAAACUGAUGGGAAUCUUGUGAUAUUUGCUCCUACCGGUCGUGCUAUUUGGACUAGUAAAACUGCCAGAGAUCAAGGCUCCUAUGUUCUCAUCCUUCAAAGUGAUCGAAAUGUGGUGAUCUAUGGUGGGGCUAUUUGGGCCACUGGGACUAAUGGAACUGGGAGUGGUGCAAUUCCAGUGGUCAGUUGGGGCAGCUCUGAGGACACUAAUCAUACCGCUGUGGUUGAUGGAUCUGGUACCAUCAUAGAUAUGUGAGAAGAUCAAUGCUUUGUGUUGAAAUGCAUAUAUUUUCCUUUGGCCUAAGUUCUAUAUUUAUCUAUGUGUGCGAUGAUGGGUAUGUAUCGUUUGAAAAUUUGAAUGAAUCUUAGUAAUAUAUUAUAGUACUUUUGGGUUAA